AUGGUCAAUGCCAAGUCACUAUCAUAUGUCAUUGAUAGCACACAGGGCACGCCUGUCGGCCGCAUCGAGGACCUUGGUGGGAUCCAAACAUAUAUAUCCGAUCCUCCUGCUUCUGCUACAACACAGAAAGUGAUCCUGUACCUGUCAGACAUCUGGGGAUCCCUGUUCAUUAACAAUCAGUUGAUUCAAGAUCAUUUCGCGUCUUGCGGCUAUCUUGUCCUUGGACCAGAUUACUUCUUCGGCGAUGCGGUGCCAAACCACCCGCCUGGACGCGAUUUGCAGAUGUGGCUUGCGAAUGCAUUGAAACCUGCUGUUGACGCGUUCCCCGCUUGGCUAGAGAGUGUGAAAGCAAAAUAUGGGACUGAGAACACCAAGUACUGUGCUGUUGGUUACUGCUUCGGAGCACCGUUCGUCAUGGACCUGUGUUCUGAUGGAUCUGCAGUUGCCGGAGCUCUGGUUCACCCCACAUUCAUCGAUGAAGGCCAUUUUGAGAGACUUGACGGACCUCUCCUUCUCUCCUGCGCAGAGGAUGACGACUUAUUCCCUCUCGCCUCUCGUAGACGAGCAGAAGACAUCAUGGUCGGCCGUAAAUCCACGUAUUAUUUACAGGUUUUUUCAGGCGUCAAGCAUGGGUUUGCUGUACGAGGUGAUCCUGACAUUGAGAUGGAGCGCUGGGCAAAGGAAGAAAGCGCUAGAGGGGUCAUACAGUGGUUUGAUCGGUUUGCGGCCUAGUUUGUUAUGACGGGGGCAGUUUUUGAUCGACAGCUUAAUGGGUUGUCAUGCAUGUAGUAUUAUCUGUCUGUCUCUUGGCGAGGCCUUGGGUUCCCUCAAAUUUUCCUUAUGGUGUGCCUGAUUGCACUAGACAUGGUCCUGGCAAACGUCUGACGUUCAAGCACGUAUUUGCGACGCGUGAGUUACAGUAGACGA